AUUUUGUCCAUAUAACUAUUCCUGUAAUGAAUUUCCUUUCUUUCUUUCCCUAACUACCUACCCUUUCUGAUAUAUUUUAUGGGCUGAAAAAUAUCACACGUAAUAUUUUAGGAGAUUGCUAAAAUGAGAGCCGCACGACGAGUUUGGGCGAAAUUAAUAAAGGAGAAAUUUCAAGCGGAAUCACCUAAAUCUUUGCUACUUCGUGCUCAUUGUCAAACCUCUGGAUGGUCAUUAACAGAACAGGAUCCGUACAAUAAUAUUAUUCGUACUACUAUCGAAGCAAUGGCUGCUGUAUUCGGUGGAUGUCAAUCAUUGCAUACAAAUUCAUUUGAUGAAGCACUUGGACUGCCAACAAAAUUUUCUGCACGUAUUGCUCGUAAUACACAAAUUAUUAUUCAAGAGGAAACAAUGAUUACUAAAGUUGCUGAUCCAUGGGCUGGUUCAUUUAUGAUGGAAAAGUUGACAGCAGAAUUAGAAGCAGCUGCUUUAAAAGAAAUUGAAGAAAUUGAACAUAUGGGUGGAAUGGCUAAAGCUAUUGAAUCCGGUAUUCCAAAAUUACGUAUUGAAGAGUGUGCAGCUAAACGACAAGCGGCUAUCGAUUCCUGUCAAGAGGUUAUUGUUGGUGUAAAUAAAUAUAGAUUGGAGAAAGAAGAACGUGUAGAUGUACUCGUAGUAGACAAUACUAAAGUUCGUGAAUCCCAAAUUGCAAAACUUAAAAAAGUUCGCGCUGAACGUGAUCAAUCGAAAAGUUUUAUCUUGUUCUCAGGUAAGUUUGAAAUGAUUUUGAUUUCACCCCCUCUUCUAAACCUCUUAGUAUUUAGUUUUUUCUAAAUUGUUUUGAAUCCUCAACUUAUAUAUUCUGACCAGUAUGGUACACUAGUUUCUUCACUCCAUUUUUUAGAAUUAAUUUUUUAACCAAAAUAUUUUUAUGCCAUGAAACUUGAAUAAAUAAACCCAGCCAACUAUGUUAUUACAAAGACAAUGGAAGAUGGCUGGACAAUGUCGUAGUGUGAAUUAAGUUAAGAAUAUAUACACUAAUGGAUGUCGGCUCAGUGGUUUAGGAGUUAAGUGUCAGCGCGGAGUCGAAGGUCCUGGGUUCGGUUCACGCGUGCGGAAUCGUGGAUGUUCACUUCUAAGGAGUCUCAUGGUAGGGCGAAACCACCAUCCAGUGCUUUGAGUUUUUUAAUGGUGGUCUAAUGUUGAUCGAUUCAAUGAAAUUCAACAAUCUGCAUAUUCCUAUGCUGAAGAUUACUUUUGAUAGUGACAAAGUGUGAUAAAAAAUUUAACCGUAUGAAACUCAACAAUGAUAAUAACCAAGUUCUGAGUCUCACCUGUUUCUUUUUAAAUCAAGGCUAAUGGUUCAACCCACUUGAGCAAACUGUAGUAGCCGGAGCGUUGUAAUGUAUCACUAAUGAUUGUUUUUCAUGGGGUCUUGGUCGAAGGCUAGACUGUUCGACUAAGUCAUAGUACCGAACUUCUCUCAAUCUACUUUGAUUUGAGUCACUAGGUAGUAUUUCUUACCAGCCGUCAUAUUUUCAGUAUGGCUCAUAGCCAACUACACGACUAUAUACCAGUGAAAUUAGUCAAGAAAAUAAAGUAAAAUUUAUUUUUGUUUUUGAUAGUGAUAUUCUUUAACGUUAUUUUUAUGUUUUAUUUCAUCUACACAUUCACACGCAUGCGUACCUACUCUAUUAGGCUGAUUUAUGCUUAGAAGCAAUCACUGAUGCCUGUUCAAGUGAUGAUCGUAGUCAAAAUCUAUUAGCAUUAUGCAUUGAAGCUGCUCGAGCACGUUGUACCCUUGGUGAGAUAACUGAUGCAAUGGUUAAAGUAUUUGGUCGUCAUCAAGCCACUGGUCAUAUUGUUUCAGGUGCAUACAAAAGUCAAUUUAGUGCAGAUGAGGAAUGGAAGCAAGUUAUCAAUGCUGUCGAUACAUUUGCACAUGCUGAAGGACGUCGACCACGCAUCCUUAUAGCAAAACUUGGUCAAGAUGGACAUGAUCGUGGUGGCAAAGUAAUUGCUACUGGAUUCUCUGAUUUAGGCUUUGAUGUUGAUGUCGGUUCAUUAUUCUCGACUCCAAUAGAAGCUGCUCAACAAGCAAUUGAUGCUGAUGUACACGUUGUCGGUGUUAGUUCAUUAGCAGCUAGUCAUAAAACAUUAAUUCCAGAAUUAAUUAAAGAAUUACGAAAACUUGGAGGACAGAUUCCAAAUUAGCGCUUGCCUCGUGAUGCAGUUUGAUGAUUUGCGUCAUGUAUGUCCUAUCCAUUUCCAUCGUCUUUUCCUAAUUUCUUCUUCAGCUGGAAGUUGGUUUGUUCUCUCCCACAGAAGGCUGUUGCUGAUAGUAUCCGGCCAAUGGAUGUUGAAUAUCUUGCGUAGACAACCAUUUAUAAAUACUUGUACCUUCUUGAUGGUGGUUGUUGUAGUUCUCCAAGUUUCAGCUCCAUACAGUAGAACUGCCUUGACGUUGGUAUUGAAGACAAAAAUUGGAUUUUGAUAACAUUCAAAGACUCUAACCAUUGAUUGCGAUAACCAUGUGGACCUCAACUAAAUGAUGGUCUACACCUGUUAACACGGCUCAUUUUGAUUGUCAAUGACUUCAUGGAGAGGUGUCAUGUUUUGAUUUGACUAUACCUUACUUUAUUCAAACCUACUCUUACACCAGAUACUAACGCCCGUCAAAGUAGUCAGUGGUUGCGGAUACUUAACACAUGCCCAAACAUUACCAUUUGAUAAAGAUUUACUACCUCAUCAAUCGUACUAUCAUACUUAUCUAGUAUCCUAACCCCAACCCAACCAUCCCUUACUCAGUGAUCUCAAAAUACACGAGACGUGCUUCGAAAACACCUGUGGUCGAAUACCAGUAAACUAUGAAUAUCCUCUAUUCUUAACGAACAUGUUUCACACACAUGAAAUAGGAUGGAGUGAAAUGCUGCAUGGUAAAUUGGUCGUUUGAUUGGAAGACGGAUCUGUCGUCCAUGCAACAAGUGAUUCCAGUAGAUAAAAGUCAAUCGAUCUUUGUGAAUCAGCGUCUAGAUUUGAUCAGACACCAGACCAUCAUGAAUGAUGAGACUUUGAAGAUAAGUGAAGUGUUCGAUGCACACAACUACUUCACAUUCUAUCAUUAAAGCGGGUGCUGAUCGAGAAAUGUUGUUGUUGUUGCUGGCGGAGUUAUUCCACCUCAAGAUUAUGAUUUCCUUUAUGAAAAUGGGGUUUCUUGUAUAUUCGGUCCUGGGACACGUAUUACAGAUGCUGCUAUGAAAGUGUUGGAUGCAAUCAAAUCAAAAUGUCAUGAUAAUAAUAACAAUACUGAACAGAAAAAAUCAUCCGGUCAAUAGUCCAUUUCGCAUAAGUUCAUGCAAUUCAUCAAUUGAUUAGUUUUCUCUAGGUAUUUAUUACGUUCUUAUUUGUUCAAGUAAAAGUAUAUUUGUUUCCGAUGUUGUUUUUUUUACUUAAUGUAUCUUUCGUACAGGUAUUUAUAUGAAAUUAUUAUUAUUAUUAUUAUUAUUACUAUGACCAUGUGAUUAUCAAAUAUAAUUGCAUGAUACAAGCUGUUCUUAACAGUUGACAUUACAUACGAUCUUGCUUAAUAAAAACAAUCUAACCAACAAAUAACUCAUAUCAAUUAGCAUACUACUUAAAUGUAUGCAAUAAUUAUCAGUAACAUUUUCAUUAUUAUCUUUUGUUCUCCAGUUCAUUUUAUACUAUUUAUUGUUUAUUAAACAUUAUCUUAACAACAAAAUGCAUUUUUAAACUAAUCAAUUAGUAUUUUCGUUAUUAACAUCCUGGAUUGAUCUUUAUUAAACAGCCUUUGAAAACAUAGAAGUACUACAUAGUUGUUUCGUCGAGUAUGUGAUGACUCAGAAUUGCACAACCAUCACCAAAUCACAAAACAAUCAAAACAAUGACCUUCGAUCUUAUGCACAAAUGCUUACUGCGAAACCACUCAGUUGGAAUACAAUGAUUUAUUCGUCAAACUCCAAUCAAUUCGUAAUGUUAUACAACAAUCUUCCAAUGUAUUUGGUGGGUAACUGAUUUACAAUCGACAUGUUUGAACUUCAUUGACCACAACCUUACUCUUGACCUCCUGAAUUAACUCUUGAAGUUAGUCACUAACACGCACAUUAUUGCUAAUUAUCUAAUUGUUAUUUUGGAGAUUUUCCGAAUUUCACAGUUAAUAAUACGGACUGAUCUUUGUCAAGCAAUGAUUAAAAUUCAAAAAGAAUUAGACAACUGUUUCAUCGCACGAUAUUACGAGUUGAUUCCUGGUAAAAAUGUAAACCAUUUAUACUGGCUCAGUGGUGUAGAGGUUAAGCGGUUACGCACGGGACAUAAGGUCCUGGGUCCGAUCCACUGUGGUGAGGUGGUGAAUGCACACUACUGAGAAUCCCCAUAUUCAGACGAAACAACUGUCAGUGCAUCCUAGUUUUUAGUGACUAUUUUACAAGGAUCAUUCCAGUAUGUUAAGUUUUAAAAUUCAAGAAUCUCCAUAACCCUCUUAUAGUAAAUAGUCAACUGGUAGCUACGAGUAGCCAUUAAAUCACGUAUACACUAACAUUGUCUAGGACUGGAAUGAUUCUAUGUGCUGUCAAUUGUGUCAAUGCACACGGACAUCUACGAACAAAAAUUUGGUUGAGAAAAUGUCGAGAUGAGAAAAUUCUAGGUAUAUCAGACUAUUUCCAGAAGCAUGAAAUUCAAGUUAAUUUGCAAUCAACAGAUACAAUGACAUAUAUCCAAUUUAUCAGUUCAUUCGGUAAAUAUCAGAACUCGAGUGAAUAAAAUAGCUGACGGGAUCACAAGAACACAUAAAGAAAAUAAAACUCGCAGAGAUGCUCAGCUGAAAACUUGAUUUUAUGUGAAAUA